AUGGCGAACGCGACAUUAAACCAAACGACACUGUCUGAGACGGUCCUUAUAUAUAUCUGUCCACAUCUACCAAUUGAGGUUCAAACUCUUCCGUACAUGGCGAAUACUACGGCUCAAGUCAUCACUUUGUUAACAUGCAUCGGCAACGGAAUUUCCUGUCCAGUGGCUACAGUGGAAAAUCUUUUAGUCUUCGCUGUUAUUUUGAAAAUUCGUAGUUUAUGGACAGUCUUCAACACCUCAGUUUUAUGCCUGGCAUUCACUGAUUUGUUAAUCGCCAUGUUUGCACAGCCAGCGUUCAUUGCUUAUCAGACAGGAAAGUAUAUAAGCUCUUUCGCUUGUAUAGUCCCUAUUUUAUUAAAACCGUGUUCGAGUUUUGGUGCGUGGGGUAGUCAUUUAUCACUCUCGCGCUCAUAACAUUGGAAAGACACUUUGCGGUGUUCAAACCGUUUCAUUAUCGCGCUUCUGUGACGCGAUUUCGCGUGCUACGCGUUACUCUAAGUGGAUGGAUCGCGUGGACAGUUUUCAGCUUCGGCCUUCGAUUUUCUCCAAAUGGCAUGAACCUUAAAACAUACUCAAUUGUAUCCUCUAUCUUAAUAUCAUUUACUCUAAUCGAAACAGUAUUCGUUUAUAUUAAAUUGUACAACGCCACUAAAAUCAAAGACUGCUCUGUUAAAACUGUGAAAGGUUUGAACCCAGGGGUCAUUUCAAAAGUAGGUUGA